GCUCGCUCGACUUCUCCGUCCUCCGCAACCUCGUCCAGAACGCCACAAUCCCCACCGUCGACCGCACCCAGGCCUGCCAGUACCUCCGCCUCGUCUAGUCCGACUACCUCUGCCGGACCAACGAUUUCCUCCCGCCACUCUCCUCCGCCGAAUCCUACUGGCGCUCUUACCAGCUCCUCGUCGACGACUUCCUCCCGAUCCCGUAAAGGAAGGCGCAAGAAAACGAAGGAUUAA